UGACUUUUUUGGCUCGUCACCUAUGAAAAACCUAUGGAGAGUGAUAUAUAAAUAUAUGAAAGAGCAAUACAGAGGUUGUGGAUUUGUGAGAAUACAGAAGAAAAAGCGUGUUGUCCAAGUCAGACAACUGGAUGAUUCACUUGCUUAGGCAAUGGAAGUUGCUAGCAGUCCAGAGGAGUGGAAGUCCCGGGGCAUUAAGUUGUAUUAUGAGCAUAACUUUCUAUCUGCAACCAUGUGCUUUGAAAGAGCUGGUGAUAUCAACUGGGAAAGAAGGUCCAUGGCUGCUGGCCUUAGAGCAGAUGCUGACCAUAUGCACAGUUCAAAUCCUGAAGAGGCAAAUGUUAAACUAAGGCAAGCUGCUGAAAUAUUUGAAGAUAUAGGCAAAGCUGACUCUGCUGCCCAAUGUUUUUCUGAUUUGGGGGAGUUUGAAAGAGCAGGAAGGCUUUAUUUAGAAAAAUGUGGGGAGCCUGGACUUCAAAGGGCUGGGGAAUGCUUUUCUCUAGCAGGAUGCUAUGAACUGGCAGCUAAUGUGUAUGCUAGAGGCAACUUUUUCUCAGAAUGUUUGAAAGUUUGCACAGAAGCAGGAGAUUUUGGCAAAAGCGAAGUCAUUUUCUAAGAAUGAGUCAAAUGCCUACUAUUUGGUUGUUUGUAGAGAGGCAGACAUUUUAUCAAGAGAACAGAGUAACUUGUCCAUAACUGAAAAGUAUUUGAAUGCUUCUCAGAGACAUAAUAUUGUUGGAGGUGAAACAAUUUCUGCUUGAAAAAUUCUAGAUGCUCAUCUUCAGUCAAACUCUUCAAAGUAUGUGUGGCAGGAUUAUGUUGUUUUUGAUCUGACAAAGCAUUCAGAACAGAUGAUCUCCAGAGAUCAAAUUUCAGUAGAAACACUAGUUUACUUCUGGAAUUUUUGGAAAGAUAAGAUUGUGAACAUUGUCAAGUAUCUCAAAUGUCUUGACAUCCAAGAUGAUAAUGAAUAUAGAAGUUAGGGUGAGUUCUGUUUGAAUUACUUGGGAGUGCGGGUUAUAAUCUUAAUGCAAUCUAUCUAUUGCUCAACCCUGAUGCGGAUUGGGUAAGAGAAUUGGACAGUAGACUCCUUCAGAGGAAUGGAAAUGUGAUUUAUAUUAAUGUUCACCAUUUUGUUUCAGCUGCUCCUAGUU